GACUGCUAGGAUUGGCCAGGACGGAGGAGUGUAGCAAGAGGGAAGGGAUAUGACAGGAAACCGGGGCCCUAGCCUGGUCAACGACGAAGUGCAUCCACUCUGGGAGAGUGUGGACCUGCUUCCUGGGGGUGAUCGUCAGUCACCCAUCAAUAUCCGGUGGAAGGACAGUGUUUAUGAUCCUGGCUUAAAACCUCUCACCAUCUCUUAUGACCCGGCUACCUGCCUCCACGUCUGGAAUAAUGGGUACUCUUUCCUUGUGGAAUUUGAAGAUUCUACAGACAAAUCAGAUUUGGGGAUUAAACCUAGGGUCUCACACAAGCUGGAUGAAGAUAGUGAAGCUCCACAAGGUUAA